GGGGGGGUCAUGACUCAUUAGCGGCAGCAGCGCCAUCACUCCUCUAAGAGACGGAAGCGGAAAAGUCAAAGAGGAAGGAAGGAGCUUGUGUGUGGUCGGUUUCACUGAGCGGGUUUUGUUUCUCCUCUUUUCCUUUCGCUUCUGCGCACCUUCUUCUCUUCUUCCUCGAACCUUACCAGCCUCCAGCAGCCAAUCUUGCUUCCCUCCAAAUAAGAAAGGGAGAUCCAUUAGCUUCAUACCCAAACAGACGCCCGAGAGAGAGAGAGAGAGAGAGAGAGUUUGGCGUCGUUUUGUUGAUCGUUGGUGCUGUUGUUGUUGAUCAUGGGGAACUGCUGGGGAAAAGGAUCGGCUUCGGUGGAUAACCACCAUAGCCCCAACUCCACCAAACCUUGCAGCCCAGAUGGUGCGUCGGCGGGGAGCGAGAACGGGAAGCCGCUGGCGGCGAACGGUGGCGGCGGCGGAGCGGAGGAACCUCCGCCCACGGCGAAAGCCGGGAGGUGAUAACGCCCAGCCUGAGAAUGUACACGCUGGCGGAGCUGAAGAGCGCGACCCGGAACUUCGGGCCGGACACGAUAGUCGGGAAGGGCGGGUUCGGGCAGGUGUUCAAGGGCUGGGUGAACGAGAGGACGCUCGCCCCGACCAAGGUCGGCAACAGCAUCCCGGUGGCCGUCAAGAAGUCCAAUCCCGACAGCGAUCAGGGCUUGCGCGAAUGGCAGUCGGAAGUCAAGUUCUUGGGGAAAUUUUCUCAUCCGAAUUUGGUGAGAUUACUGGGGUAUUGCUGGGAAGACAAUCAGUACCUCCUCGUGUACGAGUACAUGCAGAGGGGAAGCCUAGAAAAUCACCUGUUCAGAAGAACCUUCGGUAAUGCAGGGGGAGCUGAACCACUUCCGUGGGACGUGAGGCUUAAAAUAGCAAUCGGAGCUGCCCGUGGGGUUGAUUUCUUGCAUACAUCCGAGAAGAACGUGAUCUACCGGGAUUUUAAAUCUUCCAAUAUAUUAUUGGAUGCGGACUUCAAUGCCAAGCUCUCAGAUUUCGGGCUAGCGAAGCUGGGACCGGCAGGUGGGAACUCUCAUGUGACCACACGAGUGAUUGGAACAUAUGGAUAUGCCGCGCCCGAGUACAUCGCCACCGGGCAUCUGUAUGUGAAGAGCGAUGUAUACGGUUUUGGGGUGGUUCUCCUAGAAAUGUUGACGGGUUUACAAGCCCUCGACAAUACCCGCCCCAGCGGCCAGCAGAAUCUGGUGGAAUGGGCGAGGCCGUCGCUCCGCGACAAGAGGAAGCUGAGGAAGAUAAUGGAUUCAAGACUAGAAGGACGAUACCCUCUGAAAGCUGCAACUCAGGCAGCUGAGCUCAUCCUCAAAUGCCUGGAGGGUGAUCCUAAAGCGAGGCCCUCGAUGGAUGAAGUGCUGAAGACAGUAGAACAAAUCGACACCAUUCGGGAGAAAAGGAAGGAGGGCAAGGCGAGCACAUCGAGCCGGCCAUCGUCUCACCAGCAUCACCACAACCACCACCGAUCGCCAAUUCAUCACAAUCACAGCGCUGACCCUCCUCGUGGAUCUGGAAGUCGAUACUCCCCAUCCACAGUGUCGAGGACUCAUUGACAUGGAGAUUUAACUUAUUUCUUAAGACCAGACGGAGCUGAAAUCUGCUAUUUAGUAGGAUAUGCAACUCAGGCAUUAGAAUUUUGCGAGUAGAAAGCAACUCUAAAGGCUAGUCUCUUGCUAAAUAUUUGCAGGUGGGGUAGGCUCUUCACGGCCAAAUUUGUGUGUACAGUUGUCUAGACUGGGGUUCCAAACACGAUCAAACGUUUCUCCGAAUACGCAUUCGAAUUAUUUCCGAGAUUGGUUUAUGGAAGAUCUUCUAGUCUUACAAGUUCA